UCCGAUGAAUUUGAGGAUACAAUGCCCAAAGUGGAAGAUGAGGAGUUUGAAGGAUUGCCGUCUAGUGCGAACGUGAGACAACCCGGUUCUGGUCCAUCGGGAAAACCCAACCUCAAAAUUGCCAAGGUGACUUUUUUUAUCAUCCCGCGGCACGUAUAA